UGAAAGGCAGUGAGAUCUCAGCGAGUGCUGAGGAACGUCUGGAAAGAGUCCGUUCUGGGUUGGUCACCAUGGGUGGUGUAACGGGACCAGUUUUCCUGUGGCUGCAAGUUGUGUUGGGGGUAACUCUCCACAGAGCCCGUCGUACUUUACUGCAGGCUGCCAUCCUCUUCUGCGUUUUAGCGCUGCUGGUCUGGGUGGCUGUCUUCCUCUAUGGUAGCUUCUACUACUCCUAUAUGCCCACCGUCAGCUUCUCUACACCAGUGCACUACCACUACAGUUCCGACUGUGAUGCUCCCAAUUCCGUCCUCUGCUCUUUCCCUGUGGCAAACAUCUCACUGCUGAAGAAUGGCAAAGACCAGGUUAUGAUCUAUGGUCAGCCAUAUCGAAUCUCUUUAGAGCUGGAAAUGCCUGAGUCGCUUGUCAACAAACAGCUUGGCAUGUUCAUGAUUAAGAUGUCUUGCUACACCAACGAUGGCCAGACAGUUGCAGCUGUGGUGCGCUCUGCUAUGCUGCACUACCGCUCUGGUCUUCUGCAGACCUUGAAUACUUUACUGUUCUCUCCUCUCCUGCUGACUGGGAUGACGGAGCAGAAGCAGCUCGUUGAGGUCGAGCUCUUCUCAGACUACAAGGCCAAUUCUUAUCAACCCACUGUUGGCGCUGUCAUUGAGAUUCAGUCUCAGCGGGUGCAGGUCUAUUCAGUUCAGCUCAGGAUCCAAGCUUUCUUCACUGGCAUCAGAUACCUCCUGUACAAUUUCCCGGUGACGUCUGCAGUGAUCGGUGUGGCCAGCAACUUUACCUUCCUCAGUGUCAUUGUGCUCUUUGGAUACCUACAGUUUAUAUGGGGGGACUUUGGCCUCCCGAGCAGGUCAGGGUUAUGAUGGGAGACACGACUCGCAUGCAGUGGAGAAGAGAAGAGGCUCGGAAGCGCAUGUCCUUCUCACAAACUAAAAUUCCUCAUAAAGACAAUGAUCAUGUUGCUGAGCAGUUGGAAGAACCUAGACAAGAAGCAUCAGUAAUACAGAAAGGAAGGUGAACUCACUGAAGUCUGAGAUUUCCGAGUUUCCAGUUGUUUUGGAUGCGGCAGAAGCCAUGCUGGAUUGACAACAUGGCCAAUGUAUUCAACCUUUUCUGGCCUAUGGUGUUGCAUUUGAAUGUUUAUCCUUUAAAGCUUGGAAAAGAAACCCUUAAACUCAGACAUGGACCACACACCCUCUCCACUGAGUAGCAGGCUAGUUAGUGAUUGCUUUGCAAUGCUUGCAGUUAGCCAUUGAUUCCUUCCACACCACUCAUUGUUGAAUUUGUGAUUUCCAACUUGUUGUCUAAUGUUUAUGGCCGAUGAGCACCGAUUUAUCGGUUUAUAACGGUUUAUCUAUAAUUUUUCUUCAUAUCGGU